UUUUGAAGAAGAGGAAGGAGAUAGAAUCACUCAGGACUUUCUCUCUUCCCCUCUCUCUGUUUCCGAGCGUUAUAAUCCCAGAAAAUUCUCAGAGCUUUUCUGCGAAAACUAUAAUUCUUUUUAAUGUUAAAAUGGAAAAUUUGAUGUGAGCGGGGUUAUGGUGAGUAGCUCUGAGGGGAGGUUUUAGGGCGGGUUUAGACAGAGAGAGAAAGAAGAUAGUAUAGAGGAGAGGAGAGGAGAAACAUCAUGUAUAUUGGUGGAGGAGGAGGAGGUGGGAGCUUUGGAGGGCAAAUGCGAAGGUCCUUUAAGGAUUCUCUCAAAGUUCUGGAAGCUGAUAUUCAGCACGCGAAUACUCUGGCAUCUGACUUUCCAAGGGAGUAUGAUGGUGCUUGUCUACAAAUGCGAAUGUCAUAUAGCCCAGCGGCACAUCUCUUCCUGUUCUUGGUGCAAUGGACUGAUUGCCAGCUCGCCGGUACUCUAGGAUUGUUGAGGAUUUUAAUCUACAAGGUUUAUGUUGAUGGCACUACAACAAUGUCCACUCACGAACGAAAGGCAAGCAUUAAAGAAUUUUAUGCUGCUAUUUAUCCCUCCUUACUUCAACUCGAAAAGGGGGUCACGGAUUCAGAAGACAAAAGGCAAAAAGCCGUAUGUCUGGAGAGGUACAGGAGAAGAGACGAUGAGGACUAUAGACAAGCUUCGGAUUUGGAUAUUGAGAGGGAGGAAGAAUGUGGAAUAUGCAUGGAAAUGAACAGCAAAAUUGUACUGCCUAACUGCAAUCAUGCCAUGUGUUUGAAAUGCUACCAUGAAUGGCGUUCAAGGUCACAAUCUUGUCCCUUCUGCCGCGAUAGUUUGAAAAGCGUAAACUCUGGAGACCUUUGGGUAUAUCUGGACAACCGGGACGCCAUGGACAUGGAAACUAUAACAAGGGAAAACCUGAGAAGGCUGUUCAUGUACAUAGAGAAGCUGCCUCUGGUUGUGCCUCAUAGCGUUUUUGACAGUACUUACGAUACUCACCUAAGGUAGAGCCGAGUGUUUGACAGCCCUCUCGGGUUGUCUUCUCGAGCACUAUUUUCUCUCAUUGAAUUACUGAAAAAGGGCCCGAAAAAUAAGUCGGUCCGACUAGAUUUAGAAAAUCUGGAGUGGCUUCUUCUUCCACUUCUGAUUAUAAGAACCCAGCCUGAGUUAUUGUGGCACAGGGUUAGGUUUAAGAACAGUGUUAUAUUAGUAGUUUCAUCAUCUCCUAGUAUGUACAUGCAUGUACAGUUGUGUUGCUUGGUUGUUUAUCAGUGUUUUGGGCCUUCUUAAACUUGGGCUUGCCCCAGAUAUGAUAUGAAUCUUGUGGGCUUCUUUAAGCUUUUCA